GCUCAUCACUAAUCCGUAUUACAAAAAACACGCUGCCGGCAUUUAUUUUGAUAUUACGAAAUCGGUUGUUAGGCACAGGGAAUUGAUUAUUGGCCAGCAAAAUGAUCCAGCAACAGCGCCAAAGAAUCGAGGCCGCGGUCACGGAGAUGAUUGACGACAUGGACAAGACACACCUACGCAAAAUGCAGAACGAGAUGCAUUUGUGUGCGGCCAAGUGCUGUCAGGAUGGAACCUCCAGCGUGGACAGCGUCCAGAGGUGUGUGGACCGGUGUUCCACGCCCAUGACGAGGGCCCAGAACUACGUACAGCACGAACUGGGGGAGUUCCAGGGCAGGUUGCAGCGUUGCGUCAUGCAAUGCAAUGACGACGUGAAGGUGAAAAUGCCGCCCAAUCCCAACGAGGACCAGAUAGCCAAGUACACCGACCAGUUCGAGCGCUGUGCCAUCCAGUGCGUGGACAAGCAUGUUGGCCUUAUUCCCGGCAUGAUGAAGACCAUGAAGGCUGUGCUCUCCAAGGGACCCGAGAGCAUUCCCCAAGUCUAGCUCAACCUGCAUUUACUACCUAAUUAGUUGUUGAACUCGUUUAUUUUUAAACCGUGCUAUGUUUACCAUCUCUAAAGUCAUUUCGCAUUUCCCUUUUCACUUUUAAGAAUUUAAAAAUCAAAUUUCCUUAUUAGUUGUUAAAGGUCUUAAGUACCGAUCAAAUGUAGUGUAAACAAUCUCUGGAAUCAUGUCAAAUUUUGCCAUUACUUAAAAAAUACAAAUACUUUGUACACCGAAAA